CUGGAGUGCAGCUGCAUGAGGACUCAUGUGUCACUCAGACACGAGCAUGCGAAGUUCACUGUUACUGACUUCACCAGUAAAAACGAAACCUAAACUUUGUGUCUGGUAUUUUCAAUUCUCACGGUCUGAAGAUUAUUAUGGGAUAUAUUGGAGAGAGCUGCUUCUAAAAUGAGUCUCUAUGAGGAGAGAGAGGAUGGAGCUGUUGACCAUCAGAGAGCAGCAUCUCCAGAAUCCAGCUGUGUGUCUAUGAAGAGUAACAACUCCAUGAUUAAACCCCCUGAUCUCAGUGAUGGAGCAGUGACCUCUGACCCUGUGCAGAGAAACACAUUUGUACCUCCAGAAUCCAGCUGUGUGUCUAUGAAGAGUAACAACUCCAUGAUUGAUCCCCCUAAUCUCAGUGAUGGAGUGAUCAGACAGAGAAACACAUUUGUACCUCCAGAAUCCAGCUGUGUGUCUGUGAAGAGUAACAUCUCCAUGAGCCAUCCCCCUAAUCUCAGUGAUGGAGUGAUCAGAAACACCAGAGGGAGAAAGAGAGGGAGAGAUACAUCACAUGAUGAAACAGACUAUGAAGAAGCUGAUAAAACACUGGCCCAGAAAAUCAAACUUCUAGAAUAUCAAGAAGAGUCCAUGGGUAACAGCUCCAUGUUUGAUCCCUCUAAUCUCAGUGCUGACUCAGUGAACAGUGUGGAGAGAGCUGAUCUGAUCAGAUCUGGGACGUCCGAUCGGACAGAAGCAGUGGAUGAUGUCCUACAGAGACUCAAAGACACUCACAAAACCAUCAUGAAGAACAAGUUUGAGAGUUUAUUUGAGGGAAUCAAACUACAAGAGAAUCAAACCCUCCUGAACAGGAUUUACACACAGCUCUACAUCAUCGAGGGAGAGAGUGAAGGAGUGAAUGAAGAACAUGAGGUUUUACAGAUGGAGAAAAGUUACAGGACACUCCAAGACACUCCAAUCAACUGCAAUGACAUCUUUAAACCUUUAUCUGAACCAGGAUGUGAGGAGAAGAGAAGAGAAAACAUCAAGACUGUUCUCACUAAAGGCAUCGCUGGAAUUGGAAAAACAGUCUCUGUGCAGAAGUUCAUUGUGGACUGGGCCGAGGGAAAAGCCAAUCAAGAUGUAGAUUUCAUGUUUGUGCUUCCAUUUCGAGAGCUGAACUUGAUUAAAGAUCACCAGUACAGUCUUCACAAACUUCUGCUGGACUUUCAUCCUGACCUUCAUGAUCUGGACUCAAAGAUUUAUGAUGAGUGUAAAGUUGUGUGUCUGGAUGAAAGCAGAAUUCCUCUGAAGUUUUCAGACAGUGAGAAAGUUUCUGAUGUGACUGAGACUUCAUCAGUGGGUGUGUUGAUGUCAAACCUCAUCAAAGGAGAUCUGCUUCCCUCCGCUCUCAUCUGGACCACCUCCAGACCAGCAGCAGCCAAUCAGAUCCCCUCAGAAUACAUCAACCGUGUGACUGAAAUCCAGGGAUUCAAUGACCCUCAGAAGGAGGAAUAUUUCAGGAAGAGAAUCAGUGAUGAGCAUCAAGCCAGCAGAAUCAUCUCACACAUUAGAAGAGCAAGAAGCCUCCACAUCAUGUGCCACAUACCAGUCUUCUGUUGGAUCUCAUCCACUGUGCUUCAAAACAUCCUGAAACAAGAUGACAGUGCAGAAAUCCCUCAAACUCUGACUGAAAUGUACAUCCACUUCCUGCUCAUUCAGAUCAAAAUGAGGAAUGAGAAGUAUGAAGAGAGAGAUCCAGAAAAAGUGAUUGUGAAACUUGCUGAACUGGCUUUCAAACAGCUGAUGAAGGGCAAUGUCAUGUUCUAUGAGGAGGACCUGAUUGAGAGCGGCAUAGACGUCACUGACGCCUCGGUGUAUUCUGGGAUCUGCACUGAAAUCUUUAAGGAGGAAUCUGUGAUUCAUCAGAGGAAAGUCUACAGCUUCAUUCAUCUGAGCUUUCAGGAGUUUUUUGCAGCACUUUAUGUGUUUUUCUGUUAUUUACACAAGAACUGUGAUGUUCUGAAAAUGUUUCUGAGAGGAAAACACAGAACUCGAUGUGAGGAUGUUCCUCUGGAUGUGUUUAUGAUGGCAGUAAUGAUUAAAGCCCUGGAGAUUAAAACUGGAGAUCUGGAUCUUUUCCUUCGAUUCCUUCAUGGCAUCUCACUGGAGUCCAAUCAGAGACUCUUACAGGAUCUACUGAAACACACAGAGAACAAUCCAGAGAUCAUGAAGAAAAUAAUCCAAAACCUCAAACAAGAUCAAUUUCAAAACGUCAGUCCUGAAAGAUGGAUGAAUCUCUCACACUGCUUGAUUGAAAUGAAAGAUCAUUCUGUUGUUGAAGAAAUGCAGAUCUUUUUAAAAUCUGAAACAAAGAAAGAACUUUCACUUGCACAAUGUUCAACUUUGGCCCACAUGAUCCUGAUGUCAGAGGAGGUGCUGGAUGAGUUAGACCCCAACAAAUGGCAAAUAUAUUCAAUAGAGGGUCGACAGAGACUCUUACCAGCUGUGAGGAACUGCAGAAAAGCUCUUAUGUCCGGCUGUGAUCUGACGGUUCAGCACUUUGAAAUUGUGUCAUCAGCUCUACAAUCAUCAAACUCUCCUCUGAGAGAGCUGGAUCUGAGUAACAAUGACCUGCAGGAUUCAGGAGAGAAGCUGAUCUCUGAUGCACUGAAGAGUACAAACUGUCAUCUGGAGAUACUGAGAUUGUGCGGCUGUAAUCUUACUUAUCAAUGUUGUGAAAGUCUGGCGUCAGCUCUACAAUCAUCAAACUCUCCUCUGAGAGAGCUGGACCUGAGUAACAAUGACCUGCAGGAUUCAGGAGUGAAGCUGAUCUCUGAUGCACUGAAGAGUACAAACUGUCAUCUGGAGAUACUGAGAUUAUCUGGCUGUAUGGUGACAGAGGUCGGCUGUUGUUAUGUUACUUCAGCUCUGAUUUCAAACCCUUCACACCUUAAAGAGUUGGAUAUGAGCUACAAUCACCCAGGAGAAUCAGGAGUCAAACUGCUCACUGAGAGACUCAAUGAUCCACACUGCACACUGGACAAACUCAAUGUGAAUCACGGAGCAGAGAUCAAUAUGACACCUGGACCACAAAAAUAUUUCUGUGAUCUCACACUGGAUCCAAAUACAGCACACACUGAACUCUCUCUGUCUGAGGAGAACAGUAAGGUUACACGUGUGAUAGAGAGUCAGUCAUAUCCGGAUCAUCCAGAGAGAUUUGAUUAUUAUCAUCAGGUUCUGUGUAGAGAGAGUCUGACUGGACGCUGUUACUGGGAGACUGAAUGGAGCGGGAACAAAGUUUAUAUAUCAGUGACAUAUAAAGGAAUCAAGAGGAAAGGAAACAGUUAUGAUUGUGAGUUUGGAUGUAAUAAAAUCUCCUGGAGACUGGAAUGCUCUAAUCACAGUUUCAGUGUCUGGCACAAUAAUAACAUCAUCACUGACAUACGAGUCCCUUCAGACCACUCUAAGAGAAUAGGAGUGUAUCUGGACUGGACGUCCGGCACUCUGUCCUUCUACAGCGUCUCUCACACAGACACACUCACACACUUACACACAUUCAACAACACAUUCACUGAACCGCUCUAUGCUGGAUAUAGAUUUUAUUUUAAUGAUUCCUCAGUGACUCUGUGUCACAUUAAACAACCGUCUGUGUGAGAAACAACAGAGAACACACACACACAUAAACACACACACACACACACACUCACUCACACACACACACACACACACAUGUUGUGUUUCCAUGUUUUAUGGGGACUUUCCAUAGACAUAAUGGUUUUUAUACUGUACAAACUUUAUAUUCUAUCCCCUAAACCUAACCCUACCCCUAAACCUAACCCUCACAGAAAACUUUCUGCAUUUUUACAUUUUCAAAAAACAUAAUUUAGUGAUGUAUAAGCUGUUUUCCUCAUGGGGACCGACAAAAUGUCCCCACAAGGUCAAAAAUUUCAGGUUUUACUAUCCUUAUGGGGACAUUUGGUCCCCACAAAGUGAUAAAUACACGCUCACACACACUCACUCACACAUAAACACACACUCUUUCACACACACACACACAUGUGACUUAUAUAAAUAUUUUGACGUUAACUCACUCAAACUGUAUUUAAUCACAACUGUAACAUAUAAACACACACACACACACACACACACUCACUCACACAUAAACACACACUCUUUCACACACACACACACACACACGUGACGUAUAUAAAUAUUUUGACAUUAACUCACUCAAACUGUAUUUAAUCACAACUGUAACAUAUUUCCUGCUGUAUUUAGUUUGUGGUGUGUGUGAAUGAUUUGUAUCACACAUCUUAAUAUCAGAAACAUUAUUCCCAUGGAUUUAUUUCCUAUUAUCAGGAUGUGGAUCAUGUCCUGGACUGAAUAAGACAGUUGGGAAUGAUUAUUUCUGUGGGCUGUUCAGAAUCAGAUGUAUUCAUAUAAAUGAUGUGUUUUAAUAUAAAACAGUAUUUCCAUCCGUGUAAAUAGUUUCAUUCAUCAUACUUGAAAUAAAUCAAUGUUGAGAUGUUAAAUGACAAUAUAUAUGUGUUAGCUGUAACUGUGACUUUAUACUUGCACACAAUUAAAACACUGAAGUGAAUCUCUUUCUGUGUUUCUUACACAAGUGUUCACAAUUACUGGAAUUACUCUGUCAUCAUUUACUCACCCUCAUGUGGUUCCAAACCCUUACCACUGACUUCACUCUUUUAAUACAAUGGCAGCUGAUAGUGACUCAUUUUAAAGCUUCAAAAGGACCCAAAAGUGUUAUAAAAGUAGUGCAUGUAACAUGCUCCAAGUCUUCUGAAGUCAUACGACGGUUUUGAUGAGAAACAAGCUGCAAUUGAAGUUAUUUUAUUUAUUUUUUAUUUUCAAAAGAUGAAGCUUUAUGGAGGAGAACAACAGGUAAAGGUCAUCUGUAAACCUUAAACCAGUGGUUUCAAACAUGUUCUUGGGGACACACAACUCUGCACAUGUUUAAUGUCCCCCUUAUUGAACACACCUGAUUGAAAUCAUCCGCUUGUUAGUAAAGGCUCCAUGUCCUGAUCUGGGGUGUCAGAUAAGAUCCUAAAUAUUCAGAGCUGUGGGUCCCCAGGAGCAGGAUUGAACACCCCUGGUCUAAAGUGCUUGUGUGGGUAUAGUCCAGUCCAGUCCAGUUCGCCAAGUGCGGCAUUUUCAACACACUCUCGUGGUGAACUCGGCGGGAUUCGGACAACUUUUCUACAUUUGGCUAAUUCGUAUGAUAUCGUGCGACUGCACUCGUUUGAAGUCCUACGACUUUCACUAAAGCCAAUGACGUCACUGGACAUCGUUUCCAUACAAUGACUUGCUUCUGUCACACACAACAGCUUCCUCUCAUAUUUACACUCUCUACUGAUUGGGGAAGUUUAGAUAAGGGGUUUGGGUACGGCCAUAAUAUUAAUAAGUUUGUCCAUAACGCCUCGUGCGCAGAACUCGCGCUUACUUCCGCAUUCCACAUCCGGGAAUUUACACGUGAUGAAGUCCCGACGAGUUUAUGCAAACAAAGUCGUGCGAGAACAAAC